AUGGAGAAAUUAAGAUCAUUUGUUACUGUGAAUCUUUAUUCAAAGAUCAUUGCAAGUUGUGUGCUCUUACUGACCAUUCAUACUUUUAACAGUGAGCAAUAUCAAGGAGUCAAGGAUUUUUGAAAAUUGUUGGAUAUAGGAGAUGAAGUAUCAAAGUGAUUGACCUAUUUUCUUGGAAGUUUAACAUUUUUUGCAGCAAUCUCUAUAUUGUUCAGAUGGUAUAAAAGGGCAAUGUAUUUAUGAAUAAUGGCAUGAGGAUGAAAUCUGUUCGCACUUUUAUGAGUUGGAAUAACAAAAAAUGAUAAUAACUCUGACCCUCCUCUCAGCCUGGCUCAUGCCCUCAUCUCGCACAUUCUACAUCCAAACUCAGUUUGCCUUGAAAACGUGCUGACUUGAACUGCAGUCCACUCCUGAAUGUUCUAUGUAGCUUACCAGUACAUAUAGGGUCUUGGGAAGUAGAAGCAGGUGAAGAGGAGGGAUUUUUAAUAAAUUUAGCAAUCUGUUAGGGACUGG